ACUUAAGUUAGUAAUGGAUUCAAUCAUUUGGGCAUUUCGGCACACUGAACGGAAUAUUGCUGAAACUGGGUUAAAUCUUUAAUUGGAGAUGCUGAAGAACUUCCAGGCUUCUGAGUUCUGUAACCAAUUCUACCGGACAUAUUUUUUGACAAUCGAGCAAGAAAUAUUUGCUGUCUUGACAGACACAUUUCAUAAACCUGGGUUCAAGUUGCAUGUUCUAGUGCUCCAGCACUUGUUUUGCUUGGCUGAGAGUGGCUUGUUAACAGAGCCUUUGUGGGAUGUUGCUACAAUUUCUUAUCCGUAUCCGAAUAAUGCAAUGUUUGUUCGUGAGUAUACCAUAAAACUUUUGGGUACUUCCUUUCCAAACAUGACUGCAUCAGAGGUAUCAAAUAUAUGA